GAGAGACAAAGAGAGAGAAAGAGAUAGAUAUACAAAGAGAAGUGAAAAAAUAUAAAGAAGAAAAAAAGGAGGUCGCGUGCGCGCGUGUAAAGUGCAAAGAUUUGACGAAAGAGAGACAAAUAUUAUAACAUUUAUAUACAAUAAUAAAAAAAAAAAAAGUACAUAGAGAAGUGUAGGCAAAUAGAUAAAUAGUUAGAUAGACAGAGACAGGGAGAUAGAAACGAAGAAACUGGUGUUAUUAACAGUCCUGUGUUACACGUUCCUUGGCAGUGACCGAGAGUGUACCGGGCUGUAUUUUUUCGUUGAGAGAAAUUCUAUUCUACCAAAACCACCAUGGAAGUAUCGAGAAGAGAAAAGAAACAUAAAGAGAAGAGAAGGAGCAACGAGAAAAGAAAAGAACGAUCUCGUGAUGCAGCAAGAUGUCGAAGAAGCAAAGAAACCGACAUUUUUACGGAACUUGCUGCUGCAUUACCAAUAUCACAAGACCAAGCAACUCAUCUUGAUAAAGCCAGUGUCAUGAGACUUGCCAUUGCUUAUCUCAAAGUACGAGCGGUCGUUGAUUCCAUACCAAGUGCAGUCACAAAAUCAGAAACUUCAGUGAAAUUGGAUGAAUUGUUUCCGGAAGCAUUGAAUGGAUUUAUGCUGGUAUUAUCCAACGAUGGAAAUAUGGUUUAUCUAUCAGAAAAUGUUAGCGAUUUUCUCGGAGUAUCGCAGAUGGAUAUGAUGGGCCAAAGCGUUUACGAGUAUAGUCAUCCAUGUGAUCACGAAGAAUUACGCGAGUGUCUUUCUUCGAAGCCUAUCGAAGAUAACGACAAACGCUCGUGCAGCUUUUUUCUAAGAUUAAAAUGCACUUUGACCAGUAAAGGAAGAAAAGUUAAUUUGAAGAGCGCCUCUUACAAGGUAAUCCAUUGUAUUGGCCGUUUGACAAACAUACGUGAUUCCAAUUCAAAUUCUGUAAACGUCGAAAAAUCUCAAGGAGAAAACGAUGGUUCUUCUGAUAACGAUGAGAUAGAACGCGAGACUGGACCAUCAUUAAUUCUAGUUGGUUGUCCUAUACCUCAUCCUAGUAAUAUCGAGAUACCAUUAGGACGUCAAACAUUUUUAUCGAAAUACAGUCUUAGCAUGAAAUUCACUUAUGCUGAUGAAAAAUUGGCGGAAUAUCUCGGUUGGGAUAGCGAAGAAUUGAUGGGACAAUCGGUGUUCGAAUUUCAUCAUGCUCUCGACAACUUGGCACUUGACAAAUCUUUCAAAUCUUUAUUCAGCAAAGGGCAGUGCGAAACAGUGGCUUAUCGUUUCUUGGGGAAAAAAGGUGGCUACGCUUGGGUUGUCACACAAGCUACCCUUAUUCAUUGUACGAAACAACAUAAGCCGCUUUCAGUUGUCUGCGUGAAUUACAUCAUAAGCGGUGUCGAGUGCAAAGAUGAGGUUUAUAGCGUACGCCAGCUCGUUGCUCGUGACUCAGAAAAGAAAACGGUGAAAUCUGAGCCUUUGGAAAACGUCAACAACAACAACAAUAACAAAGCAAUUCUUGACGUUGAGACGACGACAAAAACGACGAAAACGACAAAAACGACAAAGACGACAACAACACCGCCAUUGGAGGAGUCAUCGACACCUAAAGAAAUUUUAGCUAAAUCUGAGAACAUAGUUGCACCGAUCGUUGUUCCGUUACAGGAACAAAAUCGUAACGAAAACAACAACAGACCACCGCAAUCUGUUACAGCUUCGAUAUUCCGAUCGGUUGCAUCGAUAUCAUCCAAUCAGGAAACGAAAAAGGAUAUUGAUUUAAAAUUAAACGAAGGAAAUUCGAGAAAGUUGCCAAUUAUUUUGGGCAAAUCUUCUUCUCAUCAUCAUCCGGUUGUUGCUCAAACUACGAAAAAAAUUGUCGAGGAAGUUGUUUCACUCAAAGAGAACGAUCAACCCAAGAAACGUCGUCAAACUGGACGUACCGAGUUUAUCUUUCAGGGUAAACCUGCAUUGGAAUACGAUUUCGAUUCAGCAGUACGUCGUGAUCGUACAUUGGCGAUCAACAGACAAUUAUAUGCAACACUAACAUCAACGAUUAAUAAUAAUAAUAAUAAUAUUAAUCAAUAUCAACAAUCGCAACAAACAGAAUUACCACCUCAGCAAGUGUCUUGCAGGCCGCCACCUCAAACGGCAACCGCGAGUAUAUUCGCACCUCGUACCGAGGACAUGAACAAAGGUUUUUUGACUUUCAGCGAGGAUCAGCCAGGUCUUACCAUGUUGAAGGACGAACCAGAGGAUUUAACGCAUCUCGCCCCAACUCCUGGCGACGUAUGUGUACCUCUAGAAGAUACACCUUUCUUAACAGACAUGUUGGAUGAAUUCAUUCUUAGUAAUGAUAAUUAUUAUCCUUUAUUGAGUCCUGGCGUUCCAUUGUCGUCUGAAUUACGUACUACGGAUCUCGGUGAAAGUUUAAAGGACACUACUGAUUUAGUUGACAGUACGAGAAACAAAUGUUUCGGAGAUCCUUUGGCAGAUAGCGAUCCUUUCAUGUAUGGUGAUUUGCCUAGCAGUCCUUGCAGUAUAGAUCCAAAUUCUGUAUCACCUUCUAUUUCCAAAUAUCGUCAUAGUCCGGAACGAAGUGUAGAUUCACUUGGUAGUCCUCAAGGAGGUAGUGGUGGAGAAGGACUCUCGGAAGAUGAGAUGUUGAUACUUGGUGUAAGUGACAAUACAGUUGACGAUGAAUUAGCACUUAGAGCACCUUAUAUACCUAUGUCAGAUCAAGAUGAGGCAUUGGAUCUUUUGAUAAGCAAUGAUAUGGUCAUGUGGGGUGCACAACAACCCGUGGAUAAAUCAUCCAAAUGGCUUACUGAAGAUCGCGAACAACGAGACGUUGUUGAUUCCAGUUUAGCACAAUUGCUUAGAACUGAUCAAGCUGUUGCUCGCAGAUACAAUGAUCACGGUGGAGGUUUGGUUAAUCCAGUACAAGUAUUGGGUCAAAUACCUAGAAAAAAUCUCUUCAAUGAACAAAAUCGUUGGACGAUGAAAAUGAACGAUCGUAACGAUAAAACAAAUAAACGUAUUCACGCGCCAUCCAAUGAUUUGGAGAACGAGAACAAACGUAUUAAAUGCGAGGAUUCAUUAUCCCUCGAGUUGGCCAAGACACUCGAGAGUAGCAAUCAACGUUUGAUGUUAGACGAACAAGGAAAAUCACGAAGAUCGAAUAAUUUUUCAGGGAGUCAAUUAUUACGUCGAUUGGUAUCACAACAGACACUUUCACGUAACAAUCGAACAAACGACACCGAGUCUAAUAGUUGCAACGAUAUUGGUAUUGGGAAGAACAACAACAACAACAAUAAUAAUAAUAAUAAUAUUAAUAAUAAUCGUCGUAGAAGUUUUGAAGAUGAACAGCAACGUAUUAUACGUAACAUAAAUGAGAUUAAUAAUCACAAUGGUGGUGGUAGCAAAAAGAACAACAAUAAAAUAUCUAAAGACGAUGACGAGGACGAAGCUGAAGGGGAUAGCGGAGGGGGAGGGGAUCAGAAAAGAAGACGUUUAACUCAGGAAAUCAUAAUAGAGAACAAUCCAACAACAACAGUACAAAAUUCAAACAAUGGUUCUCAUAGGAAUCCGCCAUAUAACAGCGUCCUCAUGAAUCUCCUGGUGUCCGGCUGCGACGAUACUGUAACGAAUUCUCGUAACGUGCCAACAUUAGGAAAUAAAUGUUUAACUUCUCCGCUUAGCGUGAAUUUGGACAAUCAGAUGGUCCCACAAUGUCCGGACGGAUUGAGCAACAUAUCUUUAGAUCGUCUAAGUCCAAGUAGUAGGAAAAAUUUUGUCGGUUCAUUGAGUGGUGGUAGUAUGAUUUCACCUUCAACUGGCAUAAUAUCCUUCGAUCAGCUCGAGUAUGAUGUUGUUUGUACCGGCCCAGGUCUACUUCAGAUGGAUACUGGUUUACUUGAAGGACCGAUGGAUAAGAAUCUCGUUUAAGAUUAAACGCGGUCCCUUUAAGAAAUUCCAGAACUGCUAGAAAAAAAGAAGUAAGGGGCUCGAAUUGCCUAGCUAGUUUGUUACAUUUAAUAAUAUACAUUUCAAUAAUGGGGGAAAAAGGGGAAUCCUCAAGAAAAAUAAUAACGUAUAAA